ACAAACUUUACUUUUAAUAGAUCUAAAUUCUAGUAGAAAUCAUCACCCCUGCAAGUUUCCUCCAUGGCACAUAAGUUUAUCAUAGUUUUUCUCCAUAUUUUUCUCUCUAUAGUAUUGCAUCCGUCAAUAGCACAAACCUGGAUGCAAGCUGGUUACUGGUAUUCAGGUAGUGAAUUCUCCAUUUCUGAUAUAAAUUCUGCUCUCUUUACUCACCUUAUUUGCGCCUUUGCAAACUUGAAUUCCUCCUCCUAUCAGCUCUCUAUUUCGUAUUCUGAUGAGCAAUACUUCUCCGUUUUCACUAACACUGUCAAACAGAAAAACCCAUCAAUAACCACGCUUCUAUCCAUAGGGGGUGGAAGUGCAAACCAUUCGAUCAUACUUUCAAUGGUAAGCAAUUCCUCCCACAGGAAAUCUUUCAUUGAUUCCUCAAUAAAAACAGCUAGGCUAUAUGGUUUCCAGGGCUUAGACUUUAGCUGGGUUUCAGCCAACACCAGCUCUGAUAUGAGCAAUAUGGCUAUUCUCUUUGAAGAAUGGCGAGCUGCAAUUGAUUCAGAGGAGAGAAAUUCUAGCCAGUCUGAGUUGAUAUUGACUGCAGCAGUUCCGUACUCGCGGUAUUCACAGUCCUCAACUUAUCCAGUUGAGGCAUUGAAGAGAAACUUGAAUUGGUUACAUGUUAUGGCUUAUGACUUCUAUAGUCCAACGUGGGAGAACUUUACAAGGGCUCAUGCAGCUCUGUAUGACCCAGCCAGUAAUUUUAAUACAGAUUUUGGUAUAGAGUCAUGGAUUAAUGGAGGAUUACCAGCCAGUAAGUUGGUUUUGGGCUUCCCUUUCUAUGGCUAUGCAUGGACACUUGUGGACCCCAAGGAUAACAUCAUUGGCGCACCAGCAUCAGGACCAGCUAUUUCAGAAGAUGGGGAUUUGAUGUACAAGGACAUCAGGAAUUACAUUCAAAGAUAUGGAGCCAAUUCAGUGUAUAAUGGUACUUAUGUAGUGAAUUACUGCACUGUUGGAGCGACUUGGAUUGGUUUUGAUGAUGUUGAGGUUGUCAAAAUUAAAGUUUCCUAUGCCAAGGAAAAGAAGUUGCUGGGUUACUUUGUUUGGCAAGUUUCCCAUGAUGACAACUGGAUGCUUUCGCAAGCUGCAUCUGGUUCUGCCAAUGGUGAUAAUCCACAAAAGAAAGGGCGGUUAGUGCUGAUUAGUAUUUUGAUUCCAAUUGUUGUGCUCUUGCUUUUGGUUGGCGCGUUGGCAUACUACUUGUUAAGGGUAAAGAGAAAGAGGAAAGAGAUGGUGCACGUAUCUAAAUAUUCCAAGUCCAAAGCAAAUCAGAUGACAGCUGCUGUAGAUUUUAAUAGCAAUGUUCCUAAUCUGGUGGUCUAUAGUUUCUCUGAUAUCGAGGUGGCUACUGAUAGGUUCUCACGUGAAAAUAAGCUGGGAGAGGGUGGAUAUGGUCCUGUUUACAAGGGUGUAUUAUCAGAUGGACAAGAAAUAGCAGUAAAAAAACUCUCAAGGACAUCUGCACAAGGAUUUGAGGAGUUUAAAAAUGAGGUUAUGCUAACAGCAAAACUACAGCAUGUAAAUCUUGUUCAAGUUUUGGGAUUCUGCGUUGAUAGAGAAGAACAUAUGCUGGUCUAUGAAUAUAUGCCAAACAAGAGUUUGGACUACUACCUUUAUGACCCCAUAAAACGAUUCAUGUUGGAUUGGAAAAAGCGUGUCGAUAUCAUUGAAGGGGUUACUCAAGGGCUUCUAUAUCUUCAAGAAUACUCCAGAUUGACAAUUAUUCACAGAGACAUGAAAGCUAGCAACAUUUUAUUAGAUGAAAACAUGAAACCUAAGAUAUCAGAUUUUGGCAUGGCUAGAAUUUUCACCAAAGAUGGAGUUGAAGCAAACACAAACAGAAUCGUGGGCACAUAUGGUUAUGUUCCUCCUGAAUAUGUUAAGAACGGUUUAUACUCCAUCAAAUCGGAUGUGUAUAGUUUUGGAGUCCUACUUCUUCAAAUCAUAAGUGGAAAGAGGAAUGCACAUUCAUACGGGCUCCAUGAAAAUUUAAGUCUUCUCGAUUUCGCAUAUGAGCUAUGGAGAGAGGGCAAAGGCAUGGAAUUUGUGGAUCCCUCACUGGAUGACACAAGUACAUCCUAUAAGUUAUUGAGAUGCAUGCAAAUAGCUCUAUUGUGUGUGCAGGAAAGCGCAAAUGACAGGCCUACCAUGUUGGAAGUCUAUUCAAUGCUUACAAAUGAAACUACACCAGUGGCCACUCCGAAGAGACCUGCUUUCUCAACUAAAAGCAAUGAAGGUGUUGAGCAAAAAAAUUCUCACUUGCAGCGAGAAAUAUAUUCCAUCGAUAAUUCACCGAUUACAGAAAUGGUCGUUCGUUGACACAGGUCACACUACAAGAAAAUUGAAGAUUAGUGACAAUUUUGUAACAGUAUUUCACUUACAAACGUCGCUAGCUUUUAUGUUUUUAUAAAACUUAAGUCAUUUAUUAUCAAAACGACACUAAAUAUUCAAAUAGUAGCGUUUCUACUUAUAAACUCUACUAAAGACUUGAUAUUAACGACGUUUAUGGACUAAAACGACUUGAAUAAUACUAUUUUAAAAUUUUGAAUGAAUACUAAAGACGUUUUUGACAGACAACGUCUUGAAUAAUUUUUUCAUAAAAAAAAAUAUACGAUUAUUGAAGGU